AUGCAACCGAAUGCACUGAAGGCCUCAACGGGAGAAAACGAGCUCGAAGAUGCGAAAACCUGGGAGGAGCACACCAGCGAAAUUAAGGUUCCACACAUGCCCUACAACAAACUGGCCUCACACCGUGCAGUGGUGUGCAUGCCCUACGACACGAGCAUCUUCCUCUUCAACGAGUUCUACUCAGCCAACAUGCCAGUGUUCGUCCCUAGAGACCUGUGGCGAUGGCUCAUAGGCCCAGUCACUGCACCCAUGAUGGAGCAUCGACACUGGACGGCCGACCAGGCCCAGGUCCCUGAGGGUUUGGGGGUGCCCCGGAGCUCCCCGUUCUACGCUUCCGUGCACCAGCCAAUGGGUGUAGAGCAAGCGCUGGAAUGGUCGGCGUACAGCGACUGGGCGAUGAUGCCACACGUGCUUUACUUCGAGGGGGUACCAGAGUUGUUUCUGAAACUCAUGGAUGCCAAGUCCUUGAACCAGGCGUCGGUCAGCAUGAAGGUCUUCAACGACGAGGAGCUGGUCAUUGCUGUGGAGAACUGGAGGAAGGUCGUCCAAAGGCUGAUCUACGCUGUGAGCGCCAACAACUAA